AUGGGAAAACCGCCAAGCGUCAUUAUCGUCGUUAGGCAUGGCGCUCGACUAGAUGCGGCCGAUAAACAGUGGCAUCUUACCUCGCCCACGCCCUAUGACCCCCCACUAACAUACGGCGGCUGGAAGCAGUCCCGGGCCCUGGGGGUUCGCAUCGGAUCCCUUCUUCACUACCGCGAACUCCAUGGGCGCCUCCCUUCCACCCUGUCGUCUUCCGACCCUUCACAGGAGAGUGGCCAGCCUCCCAGUGGCCUGCCAGAACAGGAGCAGCGGAAGCAUCGAAUCAUCAUCCACUCAUCCCCGUUUUUGCGCUGCGUCCAGACCGGAAUAUCGCUCAGCGCGGGAAUCAGCCAGUCGAAGCGUACAUCAGCGGACUCAUCACCUCACCAGCGGCCCCAGUCUAGUACCGCUCCUCCAAAGAGUCAUCACCGCUGGCGUCCUUCGUCCCCACGGCCACAGCGUCAGGGUUCGCCCCAGCUGACCCCUAUUCAGGAGCCUCAAGAGUCGCAGGAACCCCAGGUGCCAGCUGGUAAAGUCAACGCCCAACAGCCAAAGACAAGCUUGCCGGAUGAAAAGCUGUGCUUGCUACGCCUGGACGCUUGGCUAGGUGAAUGGCUGACGCCGGAUUAUUUUGAUCAAAUUACCCCGCCGCCUGGGUCUGUCAUGAUGCUGGCUGGUGCAAAGGCAAGCUUACUGCGUGAGGAGGACUCUGUGCCUUCUGGUGUAUCUACUCGGUCUGCUCGUGGAAACUUUCCCGGAGGUUGGAACGGAUUCGCUUCCGCCAGUGUUGCGGCGCCGGACCAAGCGAAAGCUGAGAAUAUUCCCCCAUCUGCGUCGGCUUCAGCUGCUACUACCCCUGGAGACAAGACGGGUACUGAAAGCACUGCAACUGAUAGACCUGCCAGUCUUCAGGGUUUACCGAAACUGUCGACCGCUCCUGAACCACAUACAGACACCGAGUAUAUUCCUCCAACGCCAACCUAUGCUAUUUCCCCCUCAGACCCCAUCCCGGCGGGGUAUGUAGCGCAUGCGAGGGAUGCUUGUGUUGACGUGGACUAUCAGUGGGACAGCAUGAGGGCUCCCCUCGGCUGGGGAAGCGGCGGCGAGUAUGGCGAGGAGUGGAGUUCCAUGCACCGCAGAUUCCGCAACGGCUUGGAGAGAAUGAUUAGCUGGUACAAGACUGCGGACUGUGGGAAGAGCAAAAGGAGGCUGUCGCACCGAGAGGAAUGUCAACUAGUAUCGAAUGAACCCCAGGCCACAGAGGACCACGAAGAAGGUGACGGCACGGAUACAGUCCUCAUAAUCAUUACCCACGGCGCUGGUUGCAAUGCUAUUAUUGGUGCUUUGACCAACCGGCCUGCUCUUCUCGACGUUGGAAUGGCGUCCUUGACUCUCGCCGCUCAUAAGAGUCCUACGGCGGAUGAUGAGGCGGCGGCCCAACCUACAUCUAUAUUGAGAAAGCUAGGCCCGAGUGAGGUAUCCGAAGAAUACGAAGUAAUUUUAGUGAACUCAACGGAGCACCUUCGCGUCAACAAUAACAGCUCAGCGCAGUCACCGUCCCCUAGGGUAUUCCCAAGCUCGAUAUCAUCGUAUCGACACCGGUUUACGUCUCUAUCCUCUGUUCCUGACUCCCCGGAGAAUGGGUUUUCUAUUGGCCCGUCGCGCAGUUCCAGCUUCAACGGCACCACUGGAGAGCUACAUAACCCCUCACGGUCAUUUUCUGGCGACAGACACGCUGCUCCAGGCCUGUGGGGUUCUACUCCUGCCAGCGAGCGUGUUGACGAUAUGAUGCCUAACUUCGAAGGAUCCGCCGGUAGCUUGAGAGGUACUGGCAAUGCAUCUAACCCUGCAAGUACGCGCAAUAAUACCUCUGAUGGCGCGCCACAACGCGCGAGAUCUCAGCAUGGCCUCUGGAAUUCGAGGAGCCGUGAACCUGUCUCAAAAAGACGCUGGACAGUCACCGAACGAGGUGUAUGA